AUGGCGGCGGGGGGAGGCGGAGGCGGCCGGGGGGGCAGUGGCCCCAGAUGGGGCGGGGGCCGGGCCGGCGGGGGCGCAGCGCAGGAGAAACUGCCGGUGCAUGUGGAGGAUGCACUCUCCUACCUGGACCAGGUGAAGAUUCGCUUUGGCAGUGAUCCCGCCACCUAUAACGGAUUCCUGGAGAUCAUGAAGGAAUUCAAGAGCCAGAGCAUUGAUACUCCUGGUGUAAUCAGGCGGGUUUCUCAGCUGUUUCAUGAACAUCCCGACCUCAUUGUAGGAUUCAAUGCUUUCCUCCCUUUGGGCUACAGAAUAGAGAUUCCAAAGAACGGGAAGUUAAGUAUACAGUCGCCACUGGCUAGUCAGGUGUCUUCAGAGCCUGUUCCAAGUGCUCACCCGGGUGGUGGGUUAUUGUUACAUUAUUGCCAGGAGAAUUCCCACAACCACAGUGACUGCUCUGAAGACUUCCGGCAGCAACUUCCAUACAAAGAAGAUAAAUCUCAAAUCUCCUUGGAAUCUGAUUCUGUAGAGUUCAAUAAUGCAAUAAGUUAUGUGAAUAAGAUCAAAACCCGUUUUCUUGACCAUCCUGAAAUCUACAGAUCAUUCUUAGAAAUUCUUCACACUUACCAGAAAGAACAGCUGAACACUAAAGGCCGACCCUUUCGAGGCAUGUCGGAGGAAGAAGUGUUUACUGAAGUAGCAAAUCUCUUCAGGGGACAGGAGGAUCUACUCUCUGAGUUUGGACAGUUUCUCCCUGAGGCUAAAAGAUCUUUGUUCACAGGAAAUGGGCCAUGUGAAAUGAACAGUGUCCAGAAAACUGAUCAUGAAAAAAAUCUGGAACAUAGUAAAAAGCGAUCCAGACCACUACUGCUGCGUCCUGUUCCCAGCCCAGCAAAGAAGAAAAUGAAACUGCGAGGUACCAAAGAUCUGUCAGUUGCGACAGUGGGAAAAUAUGGAACGUUGCAGGAGUUUUCUUUCUUCGAUAAGGUGCGCAGGGUACUGAAGAGUCAGGAAGUGUAUGAGAACUUCCUCCGCUGUAUAGCACUCUUCAAUCAGGAGCUAGUGUCAGGCUCAGAGCUUCUCCAGCUAGUCACCCCAUUUUUAGGGAAAUUCCCAGAACUCUUUGCACAGUUCAAAUCCUUCCUUGGAGUGAAAGAGCUUUCAUUUGCUUCUCCGCUGAGUGACCGAUCUGGGGAUGGAAUGAGUCGGGAAAUUGAUUAUGCUUCCUGCAAACGCAUAGGAUCCAGUUACCGGGCUCUUCCAAAAACCUAUCAGCAGCCAAAAUGCAGCGGAAGAACGGCCAUUUGCAAGGAGGUGUUAAAUGACACCUGGGUCUCGUUUCCAUCCUGGUCUGAAGACUCUACAUUUGUCAGCUCAAAGAAGACUCCCUAUGAGGAGCAGCUGCAUCGCUGUGAGGACGAACGAUUUGAGUUGGAUGUUGUCUUGGAAACCAAUCUGGCCACAAUACGCGUGUUGGAGAGUGUUCAGAAAAAGCUGUCUCGGAUGUCUCAAGAGGAUCAGGAGAAAUUCCGAUUGGAUGAUUGCUUGGGAGGAACGUCGGAAGUGAUCCAGCGCAGAGCCAUCUACCGUAUCUAUGGUGAUAAAGCACCAGAAAUCAUUGAGAGUCUUAAGAAAAAUCCGGUUACUGCUGUCCCUGUAGUUUUAAAAAGGUUGAAAGCAAAAGAGGAGGAAUGGCGGGAAGCCCAGCAGGGCUUCAACAAGAUCUGGCGGGAGCAGUAUGAGAAGGCGUACUUAAAGUCCCUUGACCACCAGGCUGUCAACUUCAAACAAAAUGACACCAAAGCCCUGCGCUCCAAGAGCUUGCUGAAUGAGAUUGAGAGCGUCUACGAUGAGCAUCAGGAGCAGCAUUCAGAGGGGAGAAGCGCCACCACGAAUGAGCCUCACCUCAUCUUCAUCUAUGAGGAUAAACAGAUUCUAGAAGAUGCAGCUUCACUCAUUAGCUACUAUGUGAAACGACAGCCCACUAUCCAGAAGGAAGAUCAGGCCACCAUUCGGCAAAUAGUGCAUCACUUUGUACCGGAGCUGUUUUUCUCUCAGCUCCCUGACCACAGUAUUUCUGAAGAGUCGACUGAUGAGGAUAGAGAAAACCAUCAGGGACAGAACCUGGAUGCUCCUGAGCUACGAAAGAAACAUGUGCCUGGGCCUCCAAGCAGCCCUCUGGAGGAGAAAGCUGGCUUCUGUGAUGCCGCUGUUGCUGAGCCUCACAAACCUCUGGACGAUGUUUAUAGUCUGUUCUUUGCCAAUAAUAAUUGGUAUUUCUUCCUCCGUCUUCACCAGACUCUCUGCUCAAGGCUCUUAAAGAUUUAUCGUCAGGCUCAGAAGCAGCUUCUAGAGUAUCGGACUGAAAAGGAGAGGGAGAAACUCCUCUGUGAGGGAAGGAAAGAAAAGUCCAAUGAUCCAGCCAUGGAACUGAGAUUGAAACAACCAAGUGAGGUGGAGUUGGAGGAAUACUACCCAGCAUUCUUGGAUAUGGUGAGAAGUUUGCUGGAUGGGAACAUUGACCCCACGCAGUACGAGGACACUCUGAGGGAGAUGUUCACUAUCCACGCCUACAUCGGCUUCACCAUGGACAAGCUGGUGCAGAAUAUUGUCCGUCAGCUUCACCAUCUUGUGAGUGAUGAUAUCUGCCUGAAGGUUGUAGAGCUCUACUUAAGUGAGAGAAAGCGAGGUGCUGCUGGAGGCAACCUAUCCUCCAGGUGUGUCCGGGCAGCCAAGGAGACCAGCUAUCAGUGGAAGGCUGAGCGCUGCAUGGCAGAUGAGAACUGCUUCAAGGUAAUGUUUCUUCAGAGGAAAGGGCAGGUGAUAAUGACCAUCGAGCUACUAGACACAGAAGAAACCCAAACAGAAGACCCUAUGGAGGUUCAGCACUUGGCUAACUACAUGGAACAGUACGUUGGGGUGGAGGGCGUCCCAAACAACCAGAACGAUGGCUUCUUACUGAAACCGGUCUUUCUGCAAAGGAACCUUAAAAAAUUCCGCAAGUGGCAAUGCAAGCAAGUGAGAGCUCUACGGAGUGAAGUGAAGAGUUCCUGGAAGAGGCUGAUUGGGGUGGAGAGUGCAUGCAACAUGGACUGCAGGUUCAGGCUCAACACCCACAAAAUGAUGUUCAUCAUGAACUCUGAGGAUUACAUGUACAGGCGUGGUACUCUCUCCCGAGCCAAGCAGGUGCAGCCCAUGGUUCUGCUCAAGCACCACCAACAGUUUGAAGAGUGGCACAGCAGGUGGCUAGAAGAGAAUGUUACAGUGGAGGCAGCAGAACUGGUUCAAGACUGGCUCAUGGGCGAUGAGGACGAGGACAUGGUCCCGUGCAAAACAACUUGUGAGACGGUGAAUGUCCAUGGGGUCCCCGUGAAUAGAUACAGAGUCCAGUACAGUCGCCGUCCAGCCUCACCAUGAGCAGAGACUCAUCCACGUGACCAUGCCAAGCAGGAGCUUUGCCGGCAAAACACUUUUACUCUGAGAAUAGUGGUGGGAAUGCAAUGUAUGUAUUAAUGAUAUUUAUCCAAACAGCAUUUUACUUUGGGUUAUGAUGUAUUUUCCAUAUGGCAUAGAAUUGUCUCCUCGCAGUGUAAUCCUCCAGGCUAUGUCAUUGUGAAGAGAGCUAAAGCCAUUCCUGGAAGAGGGCUCUUAGCAUUGCCACUCUGUACAGUAGCUUUCUAGCUUCAGCCUACCACAAGUUAGCCGGCGUGGGAAAGGCUGAGCAAUGUGGGCUGGCUACUUGGGGGUGCCAAGCGCUCAGCUUCAGAAGAGCUGCCAAUGGCUGCUGCGUUGGAGGGACAGGGCACGCUGGCCUGGCUGCUUGCAGGGUGGCUGAGGGGGCUGCAUGCUCUAGCCAGCGUAGAGCAUGAUGGGUGCUAGAGCUGACACUGGCAGCUGCUUCCUCUUUUUGAAGU